CGGCUGCGGCAGAGGGGCAGGGAAAAAUGGCAGGGAAAGCCGGCAGCCUCAAGGGCGUCGCCCUCAUCAGCGGCGGUGGCGCCAACAGCACGGUCGCCGGCGCCCUCCACUUCGUCCAAGACCCCUCCACCGGGUACACCGAGGUGAGGGGAAAGCUCACGGGCCUCGCCCCGGGCCUCCACGGCUUCCACAUCCACGCCUUCGGAGACACUACCAACGGCUGCAACUCCACGGGGCCCCAUUUUAAUCCACAUAAUAAAUCCCAUGGAGCACCUAUCGAUACUGAACGACAUGUGGGCGACCUGGGAAAUAUACAAGCCAACAAAGAUGGCGUUGCAGAAGUCUUCAUAAAGGACAUGCAGAUUUCAUUGAGCGGGCCUCAUUCCAUACUGGGAAGGGCAGUUGUUGUUCAUGCUGAUUCUGAUGACCUAGGAAGGGGUGGCCAUGAACUCAGUAAAUCAACAGGAAAUGCAGGAGCCAGGAUUGGAUGUGGUAUCAUUGGAAUCCAGCCUGCUGUUUAACCAAGAGCCAAUGGAAGUUGCUUCUGUUGGAACUGUUGCGCUCAGACAAGGAAACAAUGAUGUCGCCGGUCUGGAAUCUGGAGACUUUGAACGUUAUAAAUUUCGAUGUAAUAUUACCAUGCUCAGUUAUGUAUAUGAAUACAAAUACCCUUUAUAUCUGAAUAAAAUGCAAAGAAAGGUAGUUUUUAUAAAA